GAAUAGUUGCGGUCAUGGUCAACUGUCUAAAAGUCUGCAACGGAGUCGCAAUAAAUGUGAGGACUUGGCGAGGUAACCGGUGGAACAAGGAAUCCAUAACUCCAGACUCCAGACUCCAGAGCCAUGUCUGGUUGUGAGCAAACACCCAUUCACAUUCUGGCGUUCCCAUACCCUGCACAAGGCCACAUGCUCCCGCUGCUAGAUCUAGCCCAUCAGUUACUUCUCACUAACCCCAACCUAACCCUCACACUGGUCGUCACUCCCAAGAACCUACCCUUCCUCAACCCUCUCCUCUCCGCCCACCCCACUUGUAUCGAAACCCUUGUCCUAGAAUUUCCACUCCACCCCUCCCUCCCACCCGGGGUUGAGAACGUUAAGGACAUCGGCAACCUCGGCAACGUUCCCAUCAUCAACGCUCUCGCCAAGCUUCACAGCCCUAUUCUCCACUGGUUCAACUCCCAUGCUUCACCACCUGUUGCCAUCAUAUCUGAUUUCUUCCUCGGCUGGACCCACCACCUUGCCCACCAACUCCGUAUCCCCAGAAUCACCUUCUACUCCUCCGGCGCUUUUCUCGCCUGUGUCUCUGACCACCUAUGGCUCAACGCGGAUGCACUCCUCUCUUCGCCUGUGGUUUCCUUUCCUCAUCUUCCCAAAGCGCCGUCCUUCAGUGCCGACCAUCUCCCUUCUGUCUUCCGUCAUUACAGAGGAUCCGAUCCCGAGUGGCGGUUCGUGAGGGAUUGUAUGACUGCCAAUACCUUGAGUUGGGGGCGUGUGUUUAACACGUUUGGUGCGUUGGAACGCGAGUAUGUGGAACAUUUGAGGAGCCAAAUGGGUCACCACCGGGUCUGGAGUGUCGGGCCGCUUGUUUUGCCAGGCGGGUCUGGAUCCCUGAAUCGUGGAAACUCGAAUCCGGAUUCGGCUGCUACUGAUGCUGUGCUAGGUUGGCUCGAUGGUUGCCCAGAUGGGACGGUUGUGUACGUCUGCUUCGGGAGUCAAAAACUGCUGAAACCCAAUCAAGUAGCGGCUCUAGCAUCUGGGCUGGAAGGGAGCGGAGGUCGAUUCAUAUGGGUGAUGAAAGCGGGUAGUUUGCCGCCGGAUGGGUUUGAGGAGCGAGUGGGUGAGAGGGGAAAGGUGAUAAAGGGAUGGGCCCCCCAGGUGUCGAUACUGAGUCACAGAGCAGUGGGUGGGUUCCUGAGUCACUGCGGAUGGAACUCUCUGAUGGAAGCCUUGGUGUGUGGAGCCAUGAUUCUGGGGUGGCCCAUGGAGGCUGAUCAGUACGUGAACGCGAUGCUCUUGGUGGACCACUUGGGAGCUGCGGUGCGAGUGUGCGAAGGCGACGAGACCGUGCCUGACUCGGCUGAGGUGGGUAGGACAAUUGCUAAGGCCAUGAGUGAGGACUUUCCCCAGAAGAGGAGGGCCAAGGAACUGAGAGACGAGGCUUUGGGUGCAGUGCUACCCGGUGGCACCUCUUCAAGGGAUUUGAUUGGGCUAGUACAAGAGUUGGUCCAACAACGACAAGUUUAACAUUGUUGAUCAUAUAUUCAUUCCAUCUCAUUCAAAAUGGAUCCUUCCUCCAAGGGUCAAAUCGUCCGGCCCACGGCACAAUAUCCGAGGGACUGCCGGGGCCACUACCAUUGAAAUAUUGGCUUGUAAAGUAGGUUGGUACGUUUGUAAUCCCGAAUAACUUGACUCGUCUCUUCAUUUACGAGUUCUUUCCCUGCAUAAUAAAUCAGAAUAGGGAAUUAACAUAGUACGAAGUGAUUUUACCGUGAAUCAAUUGGCUCUAUAUAGCCUUUACCA